AUGGGUGGCAAACGAACGAACCCAGUUUGGAAAAACAGCACCAGUUCUUGUUGGUGGAAGGAUCCCGGUUUACGUCGAAAUGUUGCUUGGGUUAUCUUGUUGUAUCUCGGAAUAUUCGUCACAGGAUACGAUGGAAGUCUUAUUGCAGGACUGAUGGCUAUGCCGCAAUGGAACAUCUACUUUGGUAAUCCUAGUCCUGUUCAACUGGGGAAUAUAACAGCGAGUUUAUACUUCCCGACAUUGGUACUUCUGCCUGUCAUCUCCUUCCUUAAUGAUGAUUUUGGUCGACGUUUCGCAAUCGCGAGUGCCAGUCUAUGUAUUAUCAUUGGAGCUUUUGUUGGAUGUUUUGCGAGGAAUAUUGCAAUGCUAAUUGCAGGUCGAGUACUUGUUGGCUGUGGAGCGUACGCCCUUCCUGUAUCAUGCCUUUGCUUGAUCAACGAAAUUCUUCACCCGCGUCUACGAGGGAUCGCCUCUGCCCUGUUUACUCCAAACUACUCAGUCGGGUCAAUUGUCGCUUCCUGGUUAACGUUUUGCACGCUGAGUUGGGCUUCCGACUGGUCGUGGCGUCUACCGAUGCUCUUUCAAGCUCUCGGCCCCGUUGUUUUAUUGGUCGGGAUUCGCCUCUGCCCAGAGUCUCCUCGAUGGUUGAUCAGCAAAGGCCGAGAAACUGAAGCUCUAGCGAUUCUGGCACGAUAUCAUGCAAAUGGUGAUGAGACUGACGAAUUGGUCGUUAACGAAUUGUUAGAGAUCAAGAGUCAUGUAAAGGCGGAAAGGGGAGUUUCGACGUCGUGGAUGGCGCUGGUCAAAACACCGGGAAACAGAAGGAGGAUGGUUGUUGUCAGUAUCGUGGCGUCAGGGGCGAUUAUGAACGGAAGUACCAUCCUUAAUAUUUACCUUGCCCCCGCCUUGCGACUAGUGGGAGUUAUUGAGCCUUCGAGACUAGCCGGCAUCAACGGAGGUAUGGCAAUAUUCAGCUGGAUUGUUGCCAUCGCAGGCGCACUGUCCGUCGAUUCCCUUGGUCGCCGUUCCCUGUGGCUCAUAUCUACCGGAAGUAUGUUCGUCACUUUUGCUGCUAUGACUGGCGUAGCCGCCGGUUUUGCGAAGACCGCCAAUCCAUCAUAUGGUGUAGCUUUCGUCGUGACGAUCUUCCUAUGUCAAGGAUGCUACAUGUUCGCCUGGAACCCAUUAUCGUACUCUUACCCAGCAGAGUGCCUUACGUUCACCAUCCGCGCUAAGGCCAUGUCCUAUUUUGCCUUCAUCCAGUCGAUUUGUCUUGUUUUCAGCUUGUACGUUAACCCGAUUGGGUUGGCAGUCCUCGGGUGGAAAUAUUAUGCCGUCUAUGUCGCGGUACUGGGUGUCUACCUAGUUUUGAUUUGGUGGCUAUUCGUCGAGACACGAGGUGCCACGAUCGAGCAAAUCAGUGUCAUUUUCGACUAUCAUUGCCUUGGUCGUCAACGCAGCAUAGACACACUUGCCGACGAACCGGAGAUUAUCUGA